UUCAUCGCGUCACAACAUGCGACUUUUUCGCUCAUAUUUGACGAAACUUCGUCUCCAUUGGUUUUUACUCGUUUACAUCUUUCUCGUUUUCUCGGUAAUGCUUCUUUUUUUGCCUUCUUACUCGCUGCAACUCGAAAUUUACGGAAAAGUAACGGACCAGAGUUAUUUACUUCGCGACACAAAUACGAGUCAUUACAUAAAACCCUCGAUCGAAACGCAUUUCACGGAUGUCCCGAAGGAUUUUUUGUCUUAUGCGAGACUUUUGGGAGCUUAUCGGAGCCUUGGAGUGUUUGUGACGUCAGAUGUGAGGCACCGGGAUCGUCGAAGAGCGAUUCGAGCGACAUGGGGACGCGUUUUGAGACCAAAACCGGUUUUUAUUUUAGGAAAAAGUUCAAAUCCAGUGGAUAACGAGAUCGCCGAGGAAGAAGCUGAACUUUACAAAGACGUCAUAAUUGAAGAUUUUAACGAAAGUUAUCAAAAUUUGACGAUAAAAACGAUGUUCGCUUUGAAACAUUUCCUCAGAUUGAUGCCUGACGAGAAAUAUUUCCUCAAAAUUGACGAUGAUGUCUUUUUAAAUGUCUUUAACUUGAACAAAAUCAUGAAAAAAUACGAAAAUUUCCCUCCCGGAAUUAUCGGGCAUCUCGAAUCCCAAAGAUUUGCUCAUCGCGAUCGUGAAAGUAAAUGGUUCACGCCUCGAUGGAUGUUCACCGAAGAAAAACUCCCGGAUUUCAUCAAUGGUCCAGCGUAUCUCAUCUCAGGACAAGUCGUGAGAAAAAUCUACAACGAAGCUCUAAGCACAACUCUCUUAACGUUAGAAGACGUUUUUCUCACUGGAAUCGUUGCCAAUGCCAAACUUCAAGUCCCGCUGUAUCAAAAUGACGGCUUUGAAGAUUACUAUUCGAUCGAUAAUUUGAUCAAUCGCGAUUGUUUUUAUCGAUCCGUUCUGACAAUUCAUCGAAUGACGAAUAUGGAACAAAUGAUUGACGUUUGGAAACGUUUGAAGAAAAAUCAUGAGCCGUGUUGGGAAAUUUGAAGAAUUUUUAUGACUUUUUGUGUUACUCAUGUGAAAUAUUUUUUAAAUGAUUCAUCGAAAUAUAGAUUAGUAAAAAAAAUUAGUUGAAUAGCAGAUAAAAAAUUUAUUUAAAAUAUGCAAAUGAGGUUUAUUUGUUUUGUUUUUAAUGCAUAAAAUGCAAAAAAAUUUGGCAAUUUUGUGAAAAAAAUAUUUCAAAAGUGACUUAUUUUUAAGUUUGAACGGAAGUUUGUGAAA